UUGGCAGCUUGUCGUAAUUAUCAAAAUUAACAACAGAUAAAUAUACACACAUAUGUUCUAUGGACUAGCGCCUCGUCUACUUUAUCUUUCUUUACUAGUUUAUUUGACAUUUAUGUUUACGACAAUAAGUAUAUCUUUUCGAAGUGCAUCAUGGGAGUGAGGUACUUUCAAAAAUGUCAAGUGGCGAAGAGUUCGAAUCUGCUGAGCAGAUUGAAGAGAUCCUUCAGCAGCGCAAGAGGAAAGGGCAGUUGGAGUACUUAGUGCGCUGGGUGGGUUUGGAUGAAUCCAACAACUCAUGGGAGCCUGCAACCACUAUAGCUAAGCUGCCUAAGCUGCUCAAAGUUUUUCGAGUCCAAGAAAAAGAAAGACGAUCUCGUUCACGAUCAAGGGGAAGGCGCAGGUCACCCUCAAGAUCUCGUUCUCGGUCAGGUUCACGUAGUAGAACUGACACAAAGAAGGUAUCCAAAUCUGUACAAAAGACUUCUGUUAAAUCUACUGUCAAAAAAGAAGAAAAACAGAAUUCACAACAACAGUCUCGAUCACGUCCUCGAAAAGAAGCCGAGCUGUCUGAAAUAAACAAAACUGAAAUAAUUUCACAGACUUACACUUCCAAAAAGAGAAGCACAGCAGAAAAGCAGGGAGGCAGUGGAAAUUCUGCUGAGAAAAUCCAGUCAUCACCCGAGAAAGAAAUGUUACGAUCUCGGCUUGCAGUGCAGCAAGUACAAAAUGACCAGAAGCCCAAUAGUAAACCUGCAGAAGAGGCAAAAGACCCUUGGUUCUGGUGGUUUGCAGACUAUGCAGUUCUUGGUGUUUUCAUCAUUAUUUCCCUUCUUGCUCUCUCAUUCUGUUUGGACAGCUUCACUGGCAGUCAAAAGCAGAUGAUUCCUAAUUUUUCUGUGCUCAAUCAGCGCCUUGUCGAGACCUAUGAGCAUAUGAGUGGGUCUCUUACCAAUAGUUUUUAUUCACUGAUGGAAGUCCUGUCCUCGUGGAGCGGACAAGCUGGAGAGAAACCUGCGGCAAACCCUAACCCAUAAAUCACACCUCAUUGCAAGUGUUUAUUUUGCUAAGCACAUUUUGUGAGCAGUGGGAUCUUCAAAUGGAAAAAGUAGAUUGUAAAGAUGAGAGAUUUAGUCUCAUUAGCUAGGUUGUAGUCUUGAAAGAGAUGCUUUUGUCAAGUCAGAGACUGUACAAAUUUGUUCAGCAGCAUACAUGCUCAUGUAAUAAAGUCUAAUUUGGACAGAUCUAUAAUAUGAUGAUACAUCUUGAUUUGUAAUUUUUGUUGAGUUAGUGAAAGGCAUUUAUGGAGAACACCAUUAGUGUUUGAAUAGUAGCUAAUAGAUGAGCACUGUACAAUUUUAACAAAGAUGCAAAAGAUAUUUUAUAGUCAAGGAAACUGAUGACUGUCAUUGUACAUUCCUCAGCAGGGAUUAGGAAAUUAAAGUUAAUACUUUGUUUGGCUUUAUGAUUAGAGGCAAGUCCCUAACAAUAAAGUUAGAAAGUACUAAACUUUCAUAUAGUCAAACUCACUCAAGGCAGCUUUUUGGACUGGCCAUGGUUAUGGAGUUUUGUCCAUUUAUGGCUCUUAAAAGGGGAUAGGUUUGGUGGUACUGUUUGCCAUUUUUAACCAUUGAUUGGCAAGGCUUUAGUGAUCAUUAAAUAUCCUGCUGCCUAUAAGUUAAAACUCAUAAUCUGAAAAUUAUCUGGCCACAGUCUGCUGGGUGUGAGGCAAGGGAAAAUAUGCAUAGAGAGCAGGUAUGGUCCGUAACUAGUGGUAACUUUUGGAUCUCUGCUCAAGAGCCAGGAUUAGUAAGAUAAUAUAACUAUUUCUGUCAGAUUUUCAUUUUAAAAAGAAGUGGUUAAAAAUUAAAGUAUUGUAAAUGUUUUAAUGUUUGGGGUUUUAGUUUUUAAACUUUAGCUUUUUCUUUUCAUAUCUCCAAGCAGCCAAAGUGGUCGAUCAUGGAAGCCUAUUCUGUUUUCAGUUACUGAUAUAAGCUUAUGCAAGUUAAAAUUCUUCCUUUGUAUGAGACGAUUCUAUUUAUUUGUAAAGUAAACUAAAACUGCAAAAGCUGAUCCUGUCUGUUUUUGAUCAAUAUAGGUAAUCUUGAAUCCGAUAAUAUUGACCAUGAAAAUAAUAUCUAAAGUUUUUAGGGAAAAGGGCAUACAAGAUAAUUGUAGAACCUUGUGCUGAAUUCUGCAGGCAUUCCGGUGGCACAAUGGUGAGCACCUGUUGCUAAUACAGUGAGGGUUAGCUCACUUGGGUUUAGUUCUCAUCUUGGGCUCACUAUUCUUUCUUUUCAUGUUGCUUCUGUUUACAUGACUGACUGCCUUGUCAUGAUUAUCAUUAGUUUCUGGCUCAGCUUAAAACGCCAAUUAUCCCCUUAUGCUGAACUCUGCAAUAUCUGGGUAUUUCUCUAUAAACCAUACAGUCAUAAUUGUUAUUUUUAAUUGUUAUAUACAUAAUUGUUAAUCUGGUAAUAUGCUGAUGGCAGAUAUUUAAAAUAAUGAAAUAAAAAUCAAUCAGUUGUAUCUUACACAGUAUUGCACAAUGGUUCUCACCAGCAGAGUUGUCUUUGUACCUGUCCUGUAGACCUGCAAGGUGACGUAGAAUAGUAGACCAAAAUUUAGUGAUGUCCAUGGGCAGUUGCUUUUAGUCAAACUUCUAGUCGUUCGUUUUAACAAUCACUCUAAGUACAACAUCAGCUUCAAAACGGUUAGAUAAUUUGUGAAAAGAUUCAUGUGAAGCAGUUGUACAUCACCUUUAAAAAUCCAGUUCUUUUGUUUGACAGCAUAUAUUUGACUUCUGCUUUGUAAAGUCAUAGUUGCAAAUCUGUCUUCUAGCCAUCACUGUCUAUAGCAAAGUUUUCUCUCUGGUAAGGACAGUGGCAACCUUGGCAGUGCAAAGUAAAAGACCAGUAUAGUGUUCAUCAGUUUGAAAUCUGGUGUAUGGUUGACAGGUUUUCAAGACUUACAUGGCAGUAAAAUGUAGGUGUAAUUUAUUGAGUGACUAAAAUAUGCCAGUUAUUAAAGUCUUCAGUAAAUGAAGCUCCUAAUUCUGAGCUAAAAUACCAAAUAGUAUUUAAAUAUAAAGCACAUCUGAUUUUGUUCUUGCUGAUCAACAUUAUAUAAUCUAGCUUAGUAUCUAAUAUUAAUGUGUAUUAUUUCUGGCACUGUGCAUUAUAAUAUUUACAAAGGAGGUAAGCGUUAGUUUGCACCAUGUAGGAUUUUUGUAUUGAGUUUCCAUGUUUUAUUCUUUAAUCUGCAAAUUGCACUGACAUUUUCAUAUGUGAAUUUGAAAAGUUAUUGUGGGAUUUGUUUGUGUGGUUGUACACCAUUUGUUAUACAAUAAAACACUUGAAAUGAUUGUUUUAAUUGUUCACCAAAAAGACAUCCGAAAUAACUGCUUUUGUGCCAUUUUCUUUGUCAGUGUUGAACUUCUAUUUUCAGUCAUCAAUGCUGCUCAAUUGUAUAUUUUGUUUAUAGAUGUGCUCUGUUUAAACAGCACUUAUUCAAAAGCGUUCAUUUUAAUUUUUUUAAGUGUGUUCCACAGUCUUUUUACAUAAAAUUGUAAUAAGACAUUUGAAAAUCAAACAUGAAUGUGGGGAAAAUGUCUUACUUAUGUAUUCUAGCAUGAUUUGUUCAUAAAUAUUUUAAACCAUGGUGCAGUUCAAGAAUCUUCAUGAAAAUAAAUUUUCAUCCUCACA